GCCGCUACACCAGCUCGUCCGCGGACAGCGAGGAGGGCAAGGCCCCACAGAAGUCCUACAGCUCCAGCGAGACCCUGAAGGCCUAUGACCAGGACGCCCGCCUUGCUUACGGCAGCCGCAUCAAGGACAUGGUGCCGCAGGAGGCCGAGGAGUUCUGCCGCACAGGAGCCAACUUCUCCCUUCGUGAGCUGGGGCUGGGUGAGGUGACACCGCCUCAUGGGACCCUGUACCGCACAGACAUCGGCCUCCCCCACUGCGGCUACUCCAUGGGUGCCAGCUCUGAUGCCGACAUGGAGGCCGACACCGUGCUGUCCCCUGAGCACCCCGUGCGACUGUGGGGCCGGAGCACACGGUCGGGCCGCAGCUCUUGCCUGUCCAGCCGGGCCAACUCCAACCUCACGCUCACCGACACAGAGCAUGAGAACACCGAGACCGGUGCUCCCUUGCAUUGUUCAUCAGCUUCAUCAACCCCUAUUGAGCAGUCCCCCUCCCCGCCCCCCUCCCCUCCGGCCAAUGAGAGCCAGAGGCGGUUGCUAGGCAACGGUGUGGCCCAGCCAACCCCGGACUCAGACUCUGAGGAAGAGUUUGUCCCUAAUUCAUUCUUAGUUAAAAGUGGCUCUGCCAGCCUGGGGGUCGCAGCGAACGAUCACCCGGGAGGCCUGCAGAACCACUCGCGGCUCCGGACGCCACCUCCUCCACUCUCGCACGCCCACACCCCCAACCAGCACCACGCGGCCUCCAUCAACUCCCUGAAUCGAGGCAACUUCACUCCAAGGAGCAACCCCAGCCCGGCCCCUACGGACCACUCGCUCUCUGGAGAGCCCCCUGCCAGCGGCACGCAGGAGCCGGCCCACGCCCAGGACAACUGGCUGCUCAACAGCAACAUCCCCCUGGAGACCAGAAACCUAGGCAAGCAGCCAUUCCUAGGGACAUUGCAGGACAACCUCAUUGAGAUGGACAUUCUCAGCGCCUCCCGCCAUGAUGGGGCUUACGGUGACGGGCACUUCCUCUUCAAGCCAGGAGGCACCUCCCCACUCUUCUGCACCACAUCACCAGGGUACCCUCUGACUUCCAGCACAGUGUACUCACCUCCGCCCCGGCCACUGCCCCGCAGCACCUUCACCCGGCCAGCCUUCAACCUCAAGAAGCCCUCCAAGUACUGUAACUGGAAGUGCGCAGCCCUGAGCGCCAUCGUCAUCUCAGCCGCACUAGUCAUCCUGCUGGCGUACUUUGUGGCCAUGCACCUGUUUGGCCUAAACUGGCACCUGCAGCCGAUGGAGGGGCAGAUGUAUGAGAUCACGGAGGACACAGCCAGCAGUUGGCCUGUGCCAACCGACGUCUCCCUGUAUCCCUCAGGGGGCACUGGGUUAGAGAUCCCUGACAGGAAAGGCAAAGGAGCCACAGAAGGAAAGCCCAGUAGUUUCUUUCCAGAGGACAGUUUUAUAGACUCGGGAGAAAUCGACGUGGGGAGACGGGCUUCCCAGAAGAUUCCUCCCGGCACGUUCUGGAGAUCUCAGGUGUUCAUAGACCACCCCGUGUAUCUGAAAUUCAAUGUGUCUCUGGGAAAGGCGGCUCUAGUCGGCAUUUAUGGCAGAAAAGGCCUUCCUCCUUCACACACGCAGUUUGACUUUGUGGAGCUGCUGGAUGGAAGGAGGCUCCUGACCCAGGAGGCACGGAGCCUGGAGGGGCCCCAGCGCCAGUCCCGGGGAGCCGUCCCUCCCUCCAGCCACGAGACCGGCUUCAUCCAGUACUUGGAUUCAGGCAUCUGGCACCUGGCUUUUUACAAUGAUGGGAAGGAGUCGGAAGUGGUUUCAUUUCUCACCACUGCCAUUGAAUCGGUGGAUAACUGCCCCAGCAACUGCUACGGCAAUGGGGACUGCAUCUCUGGGACCUGCCACUGCUUCCUGGGCUUCCUGGGCCCCGACUGCGGCAGAGCCUCCUGCCCCGUGCUCUGUAGUGGGAACGGCCAGUACAUGAAGGGCCGGUGUCUGUGCCAUAGCGGCUGGAAGGGCGCCGAGUGCGACGUGCCCACCAACCAGUGUAUUGAUGUGGCCUGCAGCAACCAUGGCACCUGCAUCAUGGGCACCUGCAUCUGCAACCCCGGCUACAAGGGCGAGAACUGCGAGGAAGUGGACUGCAUGGACCCCACAUGUUCUGGCCGGGGCGUCUGCGUGAGAGGCGAGUGCCACUGCUCUGUGGGAUGGGGAGGCACCAACUGUGAGUCACCCCGGGCCACAUGCUUGGACCAGUGUUCAGGCCACGGAACCUUCCUCCCAGACACUGGGCUUUGCAGCUGUGACCCAAGCUGGACUGGACACGACUGUUCUAUCGAGAUCUGUGCUGCCGACUGUGGGGGCCACGGCGUGUGUGUGGGGGGCACCUGCCGCUGCGAGGAAGGCUGGAUGGGGGCGGCCUGCGACCAGCGGGCCUGCCACCCGCGCUGUGCCGAGCAUGGGACCUGCCGCGACGGCAAGUGUGAAUGCAGCCCCGGCUGGAACGGCGAGCACUGCACCAUCGCGCACUAUCUGGAUAGGGUAGUUAAAGAGGGUUGCCCUGGGUUGUGCAAUGGCAAUGGCAGAUGCACCUUGGACCUGAAUGGGUGGCACUGUGUCUGCCAGCUGGGCUGGAGAGGAGCUGGCUGCGACACAUCCAUGGAGACCGCCUGUGGUGACAGCAAAGACAAUGAUGGAGAUGGUCUGGUCGACUGCAUGGACCCUGACUGCUGCCUCCAGCCCUUCUGUCAUGUCAACCCACUGUGCCUGGGCUCCCCUGACCCACUGGACAUCAUCCACCCCGCAUGGAGCCCCCAGCUUCCACCCCCUGUGUCCCAGCAGAACCUGCACUCCUUCUAUGACCGCAUCAAGUUCCUCGUGGGCAGGGACAGCACACACAUCAUCCCCGGGGAGAACCCCUUCGAUGGAGGGCACGCAUGUGUCAUUCGUGGUCAAGUGAUGACAUCAGAUGGGACCCCGCUGGUUGGUGUGAACAUCAGUUUCGUCAAUAACCCUCUCUUUGGAUACACGAUCAGCAGGCAAGAUGGCAGCUUUGACUUGGUCACAAAUGGCGGCAUCUCCAUCAUCCUGCGGUUCGAGCGGGCACCUUUCAUCACCCAGGAGCAUACCCUCUGGCUGCCUUGGGACCGCUUCUUUGUCAUGGAGACCAUCAUCAUGCGCCAUGAAGAGAAUGAGAUUCCCAGCUGCGACCUGAGCAACUUCGCCCGCCCCAACCCUAUUGUGUCUCCAUCCCCACUGACAUCCUUUGCCAGCUCCUGUGCAGAGAAAGGCCCCAUCGUUCCGGAAAUUCAGGCCUUGCAAGAGGAAAUCGCCAUCUCGGGCGGCAAGAUGAGGCUGAGUUACUUGAGCAGCCGUACGCCGGGCUACAAGUCUGUCCUGAGGGUCAGCCUCACCCAUCCGACCAUCCCCUUCAACCUCAUGAAGGUGCACCUCAUGGUGGCGGUGGAGGGCCGCCUCUUCAGGAAGUGGUUUGCUGCGGCCCCAGACUUGUCCUACUAUUUCAUCUGGGACAAGACGGAUGUCUACAACCAGAAGGUGUUUGGGCUGUCGGAAGCCUUCGUUUCCGUGGGUUAUGAGUACGAAUCCUGCCCGGAUCUGAUCCUGUGGGAGAAAAGAACAGCAGUGCUGCAGGGCUAUGAAAUCGACGCUUCCAGGCUGGGAGGAUGGAGCCUGGACAAACAUCACGCCCUCAACAUCCAAAGCGGCAUCCUGCACAAAGGGAACGGGGAGAACCAGUUUGUGUCUCAGCAGCCCCCCGUCAUCGGGAGCAUCAUGGGCAAUGGGCGCCGGAGAAGCAUCUCCUGCCCCAGCUGCAACGGCCUUGCUGACGGCAACAAGCUCCUGGCCCCCGUGGCCCUGACGUGCGGCUCCGACGGCAGCCUCUACGUGGGAGAUUUCAACUACAUCCGAAGGAUCUUCCCCUCCGGGAACGUCACCAACAUCCUGGAGCUGAGAAAUAAAGAUUUCAGACAUAGUCACAGUCCAGCGCACAAAUACUACCUGACGACAGAUCCCAUGAGCGGGGCUGUCUUCCUCUCUGACACCAACAGCCGGCGGGUCUUCAAGAUCAAGUCCACCACGGUGGUAAAGGACCUCGUCAAGAACUCCGAGGUCGUCGCGGGGACAGGUGACCAGUGCCUCCCCUUUGAUGACACCCGCUGCGGGGAUGGUGGGAAGGCCACGGAAGCCACACUUACCAAUCCCAGGGGCAUCACGGUGGACAAGUCAGGGCUGAUUUACUUCGUGGAUGGCACCAUGAUCAGACGCAUUGACCAGAAUGGGGUCAUCUCCACCCUCCUAGGCUCCAAUGACCUGACCUCGGCCCGGCCCCUCAGCUGUGAUUCUGUCAUGGAUAUUUCUCAGGUUCGCUUGGAGUGGCCCACAGACUUAGCCAUCAACCCAAUGGACAACUCCCUCUAUGUCCUCGACAACAACGUGGUUCUGCAAAUCUCUGAAAACCACCAGGUGCGCAUUGUUGCCGGGAGGCCUAUGCACUGCCAGGUCCCCGGCAUCGACCACUUUCUGCUGAGCAAGGUGGCCAUCCAUGCAACCCUGGAGUCAGCCACCGCCUUGGCUGUCUCUCACAAUGGCGUCCUGUAUAUCGCUGAGACCGAUGAGAAAAAGAUCAACCGAAUCAGGCAGGUCACCACGAGCGGAGAGAUCUCGCUAGUGGCUGGGGCCCCAAGUGGCUGUGACUGUAAAAAUGAUGCCAACUGUGAUUGUUUCUCUGGAGAUGAUGGUUAUGCCAAGGAUGCAAAGCUGAAUACCCCAUCUUCCUUAGCUGUAUGUGCUGACGGGGAACUCUACGUGGCCGACCUUGGUAAUAUCCGAAUUCGGUUUAUCAGGAAGAACAAGCCUUUCCUCAACACCCAGAACAUGUAUGAGCUGUCUUCACCAAUCGACCAGGAGCUCUACCUGUUUGAUACCAGUGGCAAGCAUCUGUACACCCAAAGCCUGCCCACAGGAGAUUACCUCUACAACUUCACCUACACUGGAGAUGACGACAUCACAUUCAUCACAGACAACAAUGGCAACAGGGUGGACAUCAGCCGAGACUCUACCGGGAUGCCCCUCUGGCUGGUGGGCCCAGAUGGCCAGGUGUACUGGAUGACUAUGGGCACCAACAGUGCACUCAGGAGUGUGACCACACAAGGACACGAGUUGGCCAUGAUGACAUACCAUGGCAACUCUGGCCUUCUGGCAACUAAAAGCAAUGAAAAUGGAUGGACAACAUUUUAUGAGUAUGACAGCUUUGGCCGCCUGACAAAUGUGACCUUCCCUACUGGCCAGGUGAGCAGUUUCCGAAGUGAUACAGACAGCUCAGUGCAUGUCCAGGUAGAGACCUCCAGCAAAGAUGAUGUCACCAUAACCACCAACCUGUCUGCCUCAGGUGCCUUCUAUACACUCCUGCAAGACCAGGUCCGGAACAGCUACUACAUCGGGGCGGAUGGCUCCCUGCGGCUGCUGCUGGCCAAUGGCAUGGAGGUGGCGCUGCAGACUGAGCCCCACCUGCUGGCCGGCACUGUCAACCCCACCGUGGGUAAGAGGAACGUCACGUUGCCCAUCGACAAUGGCCUCAACCUGGUGGAGUGGCGGCAGCGCAAGGAGCAGGCACGGGGCCAGGUCACCGUCUUCGGGCGCCGGCUGCGGGUUCACAAUCGGAACCUACUCUCUCUGGACUUUGACCGUGUGACACGCACGGAGAAGAUCUAUGACGACCACCGCAAAUUCACCCUCCGGAUCCUAUACGACCAGGCAGGGCGGCCCAGCCUCUGGUCACCCAGCAGCAGGCUCAAUGGCGUGAAUGUGACAUACUCCCCGAGGGGCCACAUUGCCGGCAUCCAGAGGGGCAUCAUGUCUGAGAGGAUGGAGUAUGACCAGACGGGCCGCAUCACAUCCAGGAUCUUUGCUGAUGGGAAGACAUGGAGCUACACGUACUUGGAAAAGUCCAUGGUGCUGCUCCUCCACAGCCAGCGGCAGUAUAUCUUUGAGUUUGACAAGAACGACCGCCUCUCCUCCGUGACAAUGCCCAACGUGGCCCGGCAGACAUUAGAGACCAUUCGCUCAGUGGGCUACUACAGGAACAUCUACCAGCCCCCUGAGAGCAAUGCCUUCGUCAUCCAGGACUUCACUGAGGACGGGCACCUCCUCCACACCUUCUACUUGGGCACCGGCCGCAGGGUAAUAUACAAGUAUGGCAAGCUGUCUAAGCUAGCCGAGAUGCUGUACGACACCACCAAGGUGAGCUUCACCUAUGAUGAGACAGCUGGCAUGCUGAAGACCAUCAACCUACAGAACGAGGGCUUCACCUGCACCAUCCGCUACCGUCAAAUCGGGCCCCUGAUCGACCGCCAGAUCUUCCGCUUCACCGAGGAGGGCAUGGUCAAUGCUCGUUUUGACUACAACUAUGACAACAGUUUCCGGGUGACCAGCAUGCAGGCUGUGAUCAACGAGACCCCACUGCCCAUCGAUCUUUAUCGCUAUGAUGAUGUGUCAGGCAAGACAGAGCAGUUCGGGAAGUUUGGUGUCAUCUACUAUGACAUUAACCAAAUCAUCACCACAGCGGUCAUGACCCACACCAAGCACUUUGAUGCGUACGGGCGGAUGAAGGAAGUGCAAUACGAGAUUUUCCGCUCACUCAUGUACUGGAUGACCGUCCAGUAUGAUAACAUGGGGCGAGUAGUGAAGAAGGAGCUGAAGGUGGGACCCUAUGCCAACACUACCCGCUAUUCCUAUGAGUAUGAUGCUGACGGCCAGCUACAGACUGUCUCCAUCAAUGACAAGCCACUCUGGAGAUAUAGCUAUGACCUCAAUGGGAACCUGCACUUACUGAGCCCUGGGAACAGCGCACGGCUCACCCCACUGAGGUACGACCACCGCGACCGCAUCACUAGGCUAGGUGACGUGCAAUACAAGAUGGACGAGGAUGGCUUCCUGAGGCAGCGAGGUGCUGAUGUCUUUGAGUACAACUCAGCUGGCCUGCUCACCAAGGCCUACAACCGGGCUGGUGGCUGGAGUGUCAGGUACCGCUACGAUGGCCUGGGGCGGCGGGUGUCUAGCAAGAGCAGCCAGGGCCACCACCUGCAGUUCUUCUAUGCAGAUCUGACCAACCCCACCAAGGUCACCCACCUCUACAACCACUCCAGCUCUGAGAUCACAUCCCUCUACUACGACCUGCAAGGGCACCUCUUUGCCAUGGAGCUGAGCAGUGGCGAUGAGUUUUACAUAGCUUGUGACAACAUCGGGACCCCUCUUGCUGUCUUCAGCGGUACAGGUUUGAUGAUCAAGCAGGUCCUGUACACGGCCUAUGGGGAGAUCUACAUGGACACUAACCCCAACUUCCAGAUCAUCAUUGGCUACCACGGUGGCCUCUAUGAUCCACUCACCAAGCUCGUCCACAUGGGCCGACGGGACUAUGAUGUGCUGGCUGGCCGCUGGACUAGCCCAGACCAUGAGCUGUGGAAGCACCUUAGUAGCAGCAACAUCAUGCCUUUUAAUCUCUAUAUGUUCAAAAACAACAACCCCAUCAGCAACUCUCAGGACAUCAAGUGCUUCAUGACAGAUGUCAACAGCUGGCUGCUCACCUUUGGAUUCCAGCUUCACAAUGUGAUUCCAGGUUAUCCCAAGCCAGACAUGGACGCCAUGGAACCAUCCUACGAGCUCGUCCACACACAGAUGAAAACUCAGGAGUGGGACAACAGCAAGUCUAUCCUGGGGGUACAGUGUGAAGUGCAAAAGCAGCUCAAGGCCUUCGUCACCCUAGAACGUUUUGACCAGCUCUAUGGCUCCACAAUCACCAGCUGCCAGCAGGCCCCAAAGACAAAGAAGUUUGCAUCCAGUGGCUCAGUCUUUGGCAAGGGGGUCAAGUUUGCAUUGAAGGAUGGCCGCGUGACCACAGACAUCAUUAGUGUGGCCAACGAGGAUGGGCGGAGGGUUGCCGCCAUCUUGAACAAUGCCCACUACCUAGAGGACCUGCAUUUCACCAUCGGCGGGGUGGACACCCACUACUUUGUGAAACCAGGGCCUUCGGAAGGCGACCUGGCCAUCCUGGGCCUCAGCGGGGGGCGGCGAACCCUGGAGAAUGGGGUCAAUGUCACCGUGUCCCAGAUCAACACGAUGCUCAAUGGCAGGACUAGACGCUACACAGACAUUCAGCUCCAGUACGGGGCCCUGUGCUUGAACACCCGCUAUGGGACGACCUUGGAUGAGGAGAAAGCGCGGGUGCUGGAGCUGGCCCGGCAGAGAGCUGUGCGCCGGGCGUGGGCCCGCGAGCAGCAGCGACUGCGGGAAGGGGAGGAGGGCCUGCGGGCCUGGACAGAGGGGGAGAGGCAGCAGGUGCUGGACACAGGGCGGGUUCAAGGCUACGAUGGCUUCUUCGUGAUCUCCGUGGAGCAGUACCCAGAACUGUCAGACAGCGCCAACAACAUCCACUUCAUGAGACAGAGCGAGAUGGGCCGCAGGUGACAGAGAGGACCACGGCCCGGACUUCUUGCCAAAGACAGCUACUCUUUUGUGGCCGCACACCUGACUGUGUUGUACUUUUAAAAAAAAAUAAUUCCUUUUUUUUAACAAGUGCAGAAAAGAGACAAACAAAAAAAAAGAUACUGGUUGCAUUGUAACUCAUGCAACAUUCGUUUUUUUAA